ACACACACACCACACACACUGACUGUCCUUUUUCCUUCUUCCCCUAAAUUACGUUUAUCAAUUUUGAUUGGAUUCAUAGGCAGUAAUACUCAAAUAAUGUUUGAAUUCUUUUCCCCGUCAAUGUCAAAUCAAUCCUCCUCCAUGACUUUUCCUUUCCAUUUUGGUUCUAGAUAGAUGAGCCGUAGCCUGAGACGACUCACCAUUAUCACAGCCAUAACCAAAGCCCUUCUCCAUUUCCCAUCUCUUUCCCAACUCUACAACAAAUCCACCCACUUCAUUCCCCCUCUCCUCCGCCGUUUUCUCGCCAAAUCAAUCCGCUUCAUGGACUCCCUUCUCUUUUCCCAGGAGGACGACGACCUUUUCUCCACCCCCUUCGACCACUCAUUCUUGCCCCCCUCCUUCUCAGACCCUGGUGAAUCUGUAUUCCUUGUUUCUUUCAGGUGGUGGAAGGAGGCGGUGUCUGGCGGCGCCCUGGUCGAUGGAGUUGCUGGAGUUCUGUAUACUGCCACUAUACAGUUGGAUGGUGCUGGGGAUGAGGAGGAGGCUAUUGGGGGUUUUGGGGAUUCGGAAAUUUUGGUGGGUAUGAGCAGAGAAGGUGAGGUUGGGAUUAGUGGAGAUGAAGGGGUUUCUUGUGGCCAGGGGGAUUUGGCAUUGGUGUCGGAGUGGAUGUUCUUUACUGCUCUUAAAUGGCAUUAUGACAAGCAGGAUGAGGAAAGUAUAUUACCUGGAGAAGAUAGUGCGAACGACUUGUUCUCUUUGCAGAUCAGACUUUUCUAUGCAAAAGAAACAAGCCAAUUGGUCAUAAAGAUUAGCCAAAAGGACAAUCAAGUCGGAGCUUUUGACAAAGCGUACAGUGUCUUUUGUACCAACUCUGGCAUGUUGCAAGUCUGGGACUUCUCAGGGCAGACAAAUCAGUUAUUUGUUAACGACAGAAUAUCAUCUAUUUACUCAGGCCAGUCAAAUGACGAGAUUCUCUUAGAAUUGCAAAUUUAUGGCUUCUCUUGUACCAUCGAUGAGAAAGAAAGGAGAAAAGAGGAUAUAGGAAUGGAGCAUUCUAGGAUUGGUGGUCCUUUACCCAGUUCUUCGGUUAGGAUGAAUGGCAGUGUGGAUACAGUGGAUUUGUUCUCUAGAGAUCUGCCAUCGUCUGCAGUUGAUAGUGGCUUUUACGGCACUGGAGCUUUGGGCUUGACUGGAUUGUAUAAUCUUGGAAAUACUUGUUUUAUGAACAGUGCUAUCCAGUGCUUGGUGCACACGCCAAAGCUAGUUGAAUAUUUUCUUGGGAACUUCAGGAAAGAUCUAAAUUUUGAUAAUCCACUGGGCAUGAAAGGCAAGCUUGCUAUAGCGUUUGGGGACUUACUUAGAAAGUUGUGGGCUCCAGGGGCAACACCAGUAGCUCCAAGGAUGUUCAAGUCAACCAUCUCUAGCUUUGCUCCUCAGUUUAGUGGUUACAAUCAGCAUGAUUCCCAAGAGUUUCUUUCCUUUUUGUUGGAUGGACUCCAUGAAGAUCUCAACCGUGUGAAAAGAAAACCUUACAUACAGGCAAAAGAUGAGGAUGGCCGUCCAGAUGAAGAAGUGGCAGAUGAAUAUUGGGAAAACCAUUUAUCUCGAAACAAUUCCAUCAUAGUUGAUUUAUGCCAAGGUCAAUACCGGUCCACACUCGUUUGUCCCAUUUGCAAAAAGUUGUCAAUAACAUUUGAUCCCUUUAUGUACCUGUCAUUACCGCUCCCUUCUUCAACAUUGCGAAAGAUGACUUUGACAGUCUUGAGCACUGAUGGAACUACUUUGCCACAUCCAGUUACAGUAACAGUCCCUGAGAAUGGGACCUCGAAAGAUCUUGUUGAGGCCCUUGGUACAGCUUGUUCGCUAAGGGGUGAUGAAACGCUAUUAAUUGCUGAGAUAUACAAUACUUCAAUCCUUCGAAUUUUGGAUGAUCCUGAUGAUUCAAUUGAGCUAAUUAGAGACUACGACCAACUUGUUGCCUAUAGAUUGCCAAAAGCCAUGGAUGGAUCUUCUUUGGUUGUGUUUACACAUCAACAGGAGGAGAAGUGCCACUAUAGAAGUUAUAGGGAUGUCACAGCUGCUGAUCAAGUGCAUGGCCCUACUGGAUCUGAGAUACAUAAUGAGUUUCUUAAGCUCAUCAGACCCUUCUUACUUCCUGGUGAUGAUUUCUUGAGUGAUGGUGCUUCAAGAAAGAGCGCCCAUGAGGAUGAAGAGAUAGAGGAUACAGUUUGGGAUGAAGCUGUAAACUCAAACAAUGAAUCUGAAAGUGAUUCAGAUGCUCAACGCGACUUUGAAUUUUUUUUGGAAAGUCGCACUUCUUACUCAAGUGGCUUCAAGAUACAGAGUGAUGAACCAGUGCCUGUAUCAAAACCUGACCAGCCAAUUAAAGUGCUGGUUUCUUGGCCCGAAAAAAUGAUCCAAGACUAUGAUACUUCAAUCCUGAGCGUGUUGCCAGAAGUCUGUAAACCUGCAUCGAUGUCAAAAUGGACUCACGAUUCCAUUUCACUCUAUAAAUGUGUCGAGACCUUCUUGAAAGAGGAGCCUCUUGGACCAGAUGACAUGUGGUACUGUCCUAAUUGCAAGGAGCAUAGACAGGCCAGCAAAAAGCUGGAUCUUUGGAGAUUACCGGAGAUUCUGGUCAUUCAUUUGAAAAGAUUUUCAUACACUAGAUUUUUGAAAAACAAGCUGGAAACUUUUGUGGACUUCCCCAUCGACGACUUUGAUCUCUCUAAUUAUGUAAUUCAAAAGAAUAACUCAGAUUGCCAUCGUUACAAGUUAUAUGCUGUGAGUAAUCAUUAUGGUGGAAUGGGCGGCGGUCAUUAUACUGCCUUUGCCAAACAUAGGCUGAAACGAUGGUAUGAGUUUGAUGACAGCCAUGUCUUCCCAGUUACUGAGGAGCAGAUAAAGACACAAGCAGCCUAUGUCCUCUUCUACAAGAGAAUCUAAUUUUCCGACACUCUAAAAGGUGGUCAGGUAGAAGUUUCUUUCAUCUCUUCGAGUUUCUCUGUAGAUCUGCGUCUGAUGCUGUGGAUAAUCAGGUUUUGGAGGUAAAGGAAGCAUUUUUAUUAGAUGUACAUAUGCCACUCAGAACCCCCAAUCACAAGAAAUGAAUCUUCUUGAGACGGGGUGUUGGUUACAGACACUAACAUGGAUUAUUACUAGGUAUAGAAAAGUCAUUUCAGACAUUGAUACUGCUUGGCAGACGACAUUGUUCCUAGAAUACACCUCUGUGCAGAACAUACUUCAGGAAACUGUACAUAAACUCUUGAUGAAUGCAUUUGCAGAAUCAUCAUGUCUUUUGAUAGCUGAAACUGCUCUUUCUCAUGGUUUCUUGGCUGUAGCUUUUGUAAUACACAGUAUUGGAAUUUACAUA